ACCACCCUUCUCCCGGGUAGGGAAACUGGUCGCGGAGCCGGAAGCGAAGUAGCCUUUGAGUUCGAGACAGCGGCGGCGUUUAAGGCAGAACGACUUGUUGCCAGUGGAGCUGGCCAGCUUCUCCAUUCAGGCUCCAGCCCGAGUUGGAGAAAACCCCGGGAUUCCGGUGGCCCAUGGGAGGGCGCAGUCUCGGAUCGCGAACUAUCCGGCGCAGACCGAAAUAGCCGAGCCUGUGAGGGCCACCGGAAACCGCGCCCCUAGGAGGAGGCGGGAAGCCUUGCCAGAGGUAGGAACACAAAGGUACGGCUCCUGGGGUGGGGCCCGCCGGCCAUGGCCACGCCCCCUGGGGCAGGUCCCGCCGCUCUUCGCUUCGUAGCCGCUGCCUGCUGGCAAGUCGUGCGCGGACGCUGCGUGGAGCAUUUUCCGCGAGUAUUGGAGUUUCUGCGAUCCCUGCGCGCUGCUGCCCCCGGCUUGGUUCGGUACCGGCACCAUGAACGCCUGUGUAUGGGCCUAAAGGCCAAGCUGGUGGUGGAUAUGAUCCUGCAGGGCCGGCCUUGGGCCCAGGUUCUGAAUGCCCUGCAUCGCCACUUCCCAGAGUCUGGACCUGCAGUGCGGGACCCCAAAGCCACAAAGCAAGAUCUGAGGAAGAUCUCAGAGGCUCAGGAAACCUUUUGCCAGCAGGUGAAGCAGCUGGCAGAAGCCUCUGUUGAUUUGGCUUCGAAGCUACAGGAACUUGAACAAGAGUACGGGGAACUUUUUCUGGCUGCCAUGGAAAAGCUGUUUUUUGAAUACCUGUGUCAGCUGGAAAAAGCACUGCCUACACUGCAGGCACAGCAGCUUCAGGAUGUGCUGACUUGGAUGCAGCCGGGAGUUUCCAUCACUUCUUCUUUUGUCUUGAGCCAAUAUGGUGUGGACAUGGGGUGGCCACUUCCAGAGUGCUUUGCUACUGAUUCAGUGAACACUACAGAGCCCAUGGAGCAGAGUCCUCCUCAGCAACCAACACCAGCACUCCACGACCCUCUGCCAAAAGCCCGGCCUGGCCCACACCCUCCUCAGGAUCCAGCCUCAAGGAAGCACCCAGAACCUUUGACUGGCCACCAUUUCAAUCUGGCCCCUCUAGGCCGGCGAAGAAUCCAGUCCCGGUGGGCAUCCACUAGCAGAGGCCAUAAGGAGCGCCCCACAGUCAUGCUGUUCCCCUUUAGGAAUCUGGGUUCACCAACGCAGGUCAUAUCUAAGCCUGGGAACAGCGAAGAACAUGGGACACACACAGCAGAUCCAGCAGGUGCUGUGGGCACCAGAGCAGCCUCGACUGGCAAGUCUAGGAGUCCGUCCAAGACCCUGGGAGGAAGGGCUCUGAAGGAGAACCCAAAUGACUUGUCUGCCUCAGAGCAAAAGGAGAACUGCUUGGAUUGCCCCAUGGAACCCCUGAGAUUGUCAUUAUCGCCUCCUAGGGCCAGGAAGUCAGUGCGUCCUCCAUCUCUGUGCAGCUCUGACAUUACUCUAGGGGACCUGGUUUUGGACUCCGACGAGGAAGAAAAUGGCCAGAGGGAAGGAAGGGUGAGUAGGAAGGAAUGGAAAGCUGGGGAAGGGGAUGGGCGGGCAGAACAAGAUAGAAAGCCAUAUGAUGCAGGAUAUGGAGGGCUCAGGGCAUGUUUCAGUGAUGAUAGGAUCUCCCUGCUCCCUUCUCUGCAGGACUCUCUGGAAAACUAUCAGAAGACAAAGUUUGACACCCUGAUCCCCACCUUCUGUGAAUACCUCCCCGCUUCUGGCCCCAGUGGUGUAUCUGUCCCUCUUCCUAACCAUACAGACAGUUCUAGACUGCUGUGAUUAGACUGGAAUGCCCACGGCACUCUGCCUGUCUCCUUCCUCCUCAGCUCUCACACAGUUUAGGGGUAAUAAAGUGGAAGUCCAGGCUUGGGUUGCCUGACUAUAUUGCUAAAGUUACUUUGUAAUACUUAAUAAUUAAAUUUUGGAUUUGUUAAAACACUGUCUUCGUUUGAGGGAGGGGAAUUAAGGCUUCUAUAAGGUCAGUGUAGGUCAUUCCUUAGAAACAGAACCGGCCUCUCCAGGGCUGGAAGGGGAUCCCUUUGCCACUUUACUUCCCUUGGAGAGUGUCGUUCAGACAUGCCCAAAAGGGUUACCAGGGCUGAGAGCCUAGAAGAGAAAUUUCCUUUUGCUAUUCUGAAAAUACUGUGUGUGGUCUGAUGCCAGAAUAUACUUGUAAAUUCUCAUGCUGCCAGGUUACUUGGGGGUGGUGGCACUAGAAUGGAGAUGCUUCAUGGAAAGGGCACUCACUGUCCUUGACUCCACUGGGUCAGUGCCAACUCCUCCACUUGCCCUGCAGCAGCACCCAGAUGCCAUCCUUGUGCAGAAAUCCCCAGAAUCUCAAAGUCAUUGGGAUCUCUCUUUAUUGAGGUAUUUAAAAUACAUAAACACUUCUGAGCUUUGUAGAUAUUCAAAGAUCUAUUUAAUGAAUCUGAUUAACAAAACAUGAUUCUAAAAGCCUACCUCUUCCAGACCAAGGCCAUAUAAAACACUUAUGUAUGAAUGAGCAUCUUUUCCUUUUAAUAAUCUUCAGGAUUCUGGGUCCCCAGAUUCCCAUUUGAUUAUCUUAACUUUAUUUUCUCAGCCUGCCUUCCUUGCUUCCUCCCCAGUGGGUGCCCUGGGCAUUUUGCAUGUGCAGAUAAAGUACAGAAUACUGCAGGAGCCCUUAGCAGAGAGAGGAUAGGAAAUGACCAAGUAAUAGCCCUAGUAGCUGGGAUGGGAGAGGGGCCCACUGGGGAGCCCUGUGGUGGGUGCUGGCGCCCUGGGAGGGCAGAACUGCUCAGGUCUAGCUCUUGUCACUGAAGAUCGGAUUCACCUGCUGGGUGACACGGAUGAAGGUAGUUCUCCGGCUCAGCUCCUUCAGCUUAGCUGCUCCCACGUAGGUACAGGUGGAGCGGAUGCCUCCAAGAAUGUCUCGGAUAGUGUGUUCCACAUCCCCUUUAAAGGGCAUCUCCACUGUCUUUCCCUCUGAGGCCCUUAGAAGAGGAAAAGCUUUCUUACCUUUUCUGUCUGGAUUUCUUAAGCCCAAUGACUCUUCCCCAAUCUCUAGCAUUUAGUC